UGUAUUUUGAAAAACAGUGACCGGAAGUGAUGUUGACUGAACGAGAUGCGAUCAGUCAUGGUUUGGUGAUGCGCAGCUCCUGAAGCUUGAGAGCAGAAAGACAAAGAAGAUCAACAAAGGGCACUGUGACCAUGACUCCCUCCGUCCUUCUCUUAUUGGUCGGCCUCCUCCUGCUGAGUCCAGCCUCCUCUCAGCCCAUCGGCUCCUCGGUGCAGGAUCUGAAUAAUAGGAACGCAGACUUCGCCGCCCGUCUGUACCGAGCUGUCUCCAGCAGGACCGACGACAACGUCUUUCUGUCAACUUUCACGCUGUCUGCCGCGCUGUUGGCACUGCUGAGCGCCGCCAAUGGGCCGACUCGGGAGCAGCUGCUGCAAGGACUCAGCCUGACGGGCCUGGACUCGCAGAACCUCCCAGAUCUGUUUCAGAGUCUGAGCACCACCGUCCAGCAGGGGAGCCUCGAUAUGAACCUGAGGGAGGCCGUGUACAUCCUUCCCGCCCUAGGCUUUCAGGUGUCGUCGGCUUACCUGGACCUGGUUCAGACGAAGUUUAGGGGGAAUGCUCAGAGUCUGGCCUACACGGUGCCGCAAGAAGCCGCCAACACAAUCAAUCUCUGGGCCCAGGAGAAGACCGGAGACAGCGUCAAGGAGCUGGUGACUGAUCUCGACCCCCAGACCCAGCUGCUGCUCGCCACCGCCGCCGCCUACCAGACCCGGUUCAGUCCAUCUUUUAACGCGUCUCUGACUCAGGAUGAGCGUUUCUAUGUGGACAAGUAUCACGUCGUCAUGGUUCCCAUGAUGUUCCGGACCGAUAGGUACUUCCUGGCGUACGACCGCUCUCUGAAGGUCGGCGUGCUGAAGCUGCCGAUGGCGGGCGGGGCAGCCAUGUUGGUCGUGCUGCCUGAUGAAAAUGUGGCUGUCACUGCAGUCGAAGAGGAAGUGACCGGAGAAAAGAUCCAGGCCUGGAUCAGACAGCUGAAGAAGACAAAGUUGGAGGUGCAGCUUCCUCGCUUCCUGUUGGAGCGUUCCUACUCUCUACGUGACAUCCUGCAGACUCUCAACAUCACUCAGGUGUUUCAGGACGACGCUGACCUCAGCAACAUGGGCGGAGAUCAAGGACUCAAACUAACACAGAUUUAUCAUAAAUCUGUCAUGUCCGUCGAUGAGAGCAGCGAUGACGUCACUGCAGGAGGCGGAGUCAUUGUGUUUUCCACUCCGACUCCUCGACUGACCGUCAACAGACCGUUCCUCCUCAUCACCUAUCUGCAGACGACCAGCACUGUGCUGUCGAUAGGCCGAGUCCUUGACCCCUCCAGGAAAUAAAAGCAGCCGUCCCUGCCCAAAGACUAGAUGUAGUAUGAUAAUAAAAACUACAAGGAGCACAACCAAGUAUUUGAUAUUUAUGAUCUGAAAAACGGUCAAUAAGUGGAAUAUCAAAGAUAUGCACACAUAUAGUGAUAAAAAAGAAAAUCAUAUAUUUAUGAUAUACAAUAUAUUGGUAAGACUAUAACGUAAAAUUUAGAACAUUUAAUAUUGAUAUUAUUUUAAUCAUCCAGCACCUUUUUAAUAAUUUUGUUUCUUUCGUUUUGUAGACUUCAUUUGGUAGACUUUGCAGUUCUGGUAACAGACUCAAACACAAACAUAAUGGUGUUUUUGCUUAUCAUACUAACUAAGUCUUCGGGUACAAAUAGGUUAAACUCUAUUCCAGUGUUCCCUAACCUGAGGCCUGAGACCCCCCAAAGGGUCAUUAAAUAUAUUUGAGGGGUCCUGAGACAAUAUUCAAUAUAUCAUAUUUAAACAACUGUAAUUGGAUGUAUUGUGAUGAAAUGUGAUGAAAUGUGGUUCAUCCUUCAUGUUCCCUCAGGAUGAACUUUGGUGGUCCUCUGACUUUUCAUCAGGUCAACAUUUUAAUGUGUCCACUACUUUGGUUUAUGACCAAAUACCUCUAUAACUAAUGACAUUCCACUGGACAUUGUGUUUACUGAUAAUUAGCUAAUCUUAGCAUGCUAACACGCUAAAACUAAGAUGAACAUGUUAAUUAUUAUACCUGCUAAACAUCAGCAUGUUCGCAUUUAGCUCAAAGCACGGCUGUAGACUCCUACUUUUCUUUUCUUUAAUGUUACUGGAUUGUAUUUCUCUUCAAACUCUAAAAGCAAGUUAAAGAACAUUUAAAAAAGGGAUUUUUAAGUGGUCACAAACCAUAAUGGUUGGAAAUCUGGAGAACAAUAACUAAUUCAUGCUCUGGAUUUAUAUUAAACACACCUUUUACUCUCUCUUGGAUUUAAUGCAUUUUACAUAUAUGGACAUCAAACACAAUGUUGUGUAAUCUUUGAGAUAACAAACAUAUUUUACAGGUUAUUUAGUGGUGAUCUGAGGUGAUGGUGAUGCCUGGGAGUAGAAACCGUCAACCAACUAAAGAAGGCUUCAAAAAUGUCUUGUUCAUGGACCAAACGCUGACAUAUUUUAUAUGAUAUUAAAUCCAGAGCAUUAGUUUGUUUUUCUCCUCACCAAAACAAAUACGAGGUAGUAUUACAUGUAAGUAAUUGCAGUAGUAGAACUACCACUAGGAGUAUUAUUUAGGGUGAUGAGCCUUAUUUGAGACAUUAGAGUUACUGAUGUAACUGUGGUUCUCUGAUUUGUGGAUGACUGACAUUAAAACAAUUACAAAGCUCUGAUACAAACAGUUAAUAACAGGAGUCAGCUUGACUUUAUGUUUAGAGCUUGUUAGUAAACGUUAGCAUGACAACCCCUAUCAUAGCAUUAGGUACUAUAUGUCUGAAAACCCUUCCUGUACUUAUUUAAUAUAUAUAGAAUUAUAAUACAACAUGUGUACAACCUGCACUGUAAAACAUUAAACAUUAAAAUGAA